UGUAAGACAUGGUUUGUGUGCAGUAUGUGUUCCUCUAAGCAAUGAGUAUAUAGUUUUGAAAUUCACUUGUUCUGAGGGUUGGUUUCCCACAUCCACAAGCACUAUAGGAAAGGCCUCAUACAUGGCCCCUGUGUUAAAAUGCACAGCAGCCUCAUUCCUCGAUCCUGCGUUAACCUGGCUGAUUUCAUCCCCCCAACAGUAUGACAUAGUGGCUGGUGUUGCUAGUGCAUGCGUCCAUCCUGUCUAGUCUUUGUCUGUCUGUCCUGUGGUCUUUGUCUGUCUGUCCUGCAGUCUUUGUCUGUGUGUCUGUUUGUAGAUGAAGGGGCAGAGGAUAAGGUGGGACUGCUGCACCACUGCCCAGGCUGUGGGCCUGCUGCCGGCAGGGAGUGGGGUAAACGCCCGGCCCCCUCCAUUUCAGUGUCUCUGCCCGAUGAUGAGCCCUGCAAUUCAGAUGAGGAGUACUAUGAACACCCUUUGUUCAGCUCGGAGUGGGCUGGCUCUAGUACACAUCCCAGUGCCACAGUGAAGAGCACAGAGAUCUUGUUGGGCCAUGAUGAAGGUGAACUGAGCAUGGUCCCAUUUUGUUCCUCUUCCCCUCUACCCGCCUGCCAUCCAUCCCAUUAUGUAUGUGCCUGUGACUGCUGUGUUCUGGGGAGGGAAACCUGGCUGUGCCUUCUCCUCACAUGGAAGUGAUGCCCCUCCAGAGUCUCUCCAUGUCAAAGUGGAGCUGCAGUGUGAGCAAUGAAAGAAGCAGCUAAUUAAAGUGUAAGAUAAUGUGUUCUUUGUGCCAGAGAAUUACUGCAAAAUAGGCAAAAGAUUGCUACUGGAGGUGAGUUGGUUGUUAGCACUGGGGAAAAAGCCCCAUGUCUACACCAAAGAUAGCUGUGGAAGGUCUUUACUUCUCCAGUAGGCAAAGGAAGCUGAUUUUAUCCCAGUACACACAAGUGACUUCAGGCAGUAUUGGGUCAUGUUUGAUCUCCAGUUGUUUUGUGGAUAAACUCAGUUAACAUUUUGUCAGCUGACUGCAAACAAGGAGGGGGGAAAAAAAAUAAUUCACUGUUUCUGUGUUUCUGUACCCCAUUUUUCUGUGGCCUGAGCACAUCAGUAAGUAUUAUUCUAUCAGUGAACGUAAAAGUGAAAUGGCUUUUGAGGAAUCAAGGGAGAAUGUAUUUUGGUGACUUACAGGAAUGCUGACUUCUUCAAGGCAAAAUAGAUCACGUUUCAUCUUGCAGCAUUCAACUAACUCAAUCUUGAAGUUAAAACCAAUACUGAAUCCUUAAGAGGUUUGUGUCUCAGGAAGAUGGAGGUGUAUACCUGAAGUUGCUCACUGGGUCAUUUCAUCAAAACCAGAUUUGUUCAGAGUUAACAGGAUAAUAUAGCUUAAUACUGCAACAGACCCAAAAAGAGAUCAAUGCUAAUGACUGAAGAUUGUUAAUGUCAGCAUGUCUGCCUGAAGCUAGGGGAGGCAGCAAAUCACAGGAGUGGCUGGGUGCCAUAGCUGUACUUGGAGCGCUCCUGGAUUAGUUAGUUCUUGGUCAGCUUCCUUUUCAGUCAAAUGCAUCUACCUCUGGUGAAAGUGCAAGAUCUCAGAACAUCUAUGAGGAAUAGAGAAAAAUAAAAACCAGGAAAUAAGCUGGAUCAUCAGUGAAAAGAUGGGCAUUAUGAAAUAGCCCUCCUCACUUGCUGCCUGUAAGCUAGCAGCCUGUUUGGUAUUAAAAAGUCUGCUGUGUAAAUGCAGUCUCUAGGAUUCUAUUGUUAAGUCAGGGAUAACUUUCUACUGUGGUAAUUAGUUUUAAUCAUGCCGCAUUUUUUGUGUGAAGUGUCUCAGGAAAUGGAGGUGUAUAGAUUAAAUUGCUCAGAGUAAAAUGAGAGGCUUUCCUUAAAAUUGUUUAACUGAAAGGGGAUGCACAUCCAAAACUUGAUAAAAUCAGAAAAGUAAAGCAAGUUAUUCAAGCCAGGGCCUCUUGUAGUUGGACACCUCCUGUUCUGCCAGGCUGCCUCUACAAUCUGCCCAUGCAUAAAUAUCCCUGUAACACUCUGGUGUCAGUCCAGUUCUGAUUCUGAAUCUUCAGGCUUCUGUUCAUUUCAGAUAGAGCAUCUAACCUUAAUUAGAUUUUUAUAUGUUGUUAAUAAUGUGUUGUACUUUACGUAGUAAUAUUUUCUCAGCCUCAGACAGUGUCUGUGUUCUCUAAAUCAGUUUUUAAAGGCCAUAACUGAAGUGGAUGGUUGAUGGUCUGGUUUUUGCCAGGCCAAUCUCAGGAGAAAAAUCAAGCCCUGGUAAGAGGUUUUAUUUUAAUACCAAGAGGCUGGAUACGGCCACUUCCAGCUUCAAAACUACUUUGUUCUAAGUCUGGUUCAGCAAAGUCCUUAAUCAUGAGACACACAUUAAACCCAGGGAGGUCAUCAGGUUGACUGCAGCAUGGCUGCUGGUCAACUGCUUAAGAAUGUUGCUGAAUCAAAGUUUUCACACUUAAUCCUGACUUCUUAUUGUAAGGGGUACCAAUAGAGCACAGUAGUAUUCUGUCUGAGAAGUAAUGGCAGGAGUACAGUCCACAACGGAGACUUUUCUAAUCAUUCUUCUGACAUGGCAUGAGUAAAGACUGGUGUUGAUACUACUAUAAAUUCAGAUGAACAAGUAGCUAUACUGCACUCAUGGGUUUCUUUGGCUUAAUUGGUGACAAGGAGCCUGGGGGCUGGUGGGGAAACAGGAAAGGAAAUGAAGAGUCCUGGUGUUAAAACUGAUUUUUCACACACAGAGCUCAGAUGUCAGGCAGCCUAGGGGUGUAAUUGUUUAUAAACCUGCUCAGUGUAGGACUCCUGGUUGAAUUCUUGGGAAAACAUUAGCUAUCAGCUAUGCACAAGGCUUAUUAAGACUAUGGAAGUGGCUUAAUGUUUUACUAAAUCCAAGAUUCAUGUGAUAGAUUGACUAGCUGGCAUUUAGCAGUCUGUAUUGCCAAGGUCAGUUGAAAGAAAUUAAUGCCUUGUACCUUCCUCCAUCUCAGUUGAAUGUCUUGUACUGGAUUGAACAGCGCAUUUAACAGAAAAAUACCAGUGUACUUUGAGCUCAUUGAUGCGUUGGUGUUGUCAGAGCCAUCCAUCAUUCAAUACCAUCUCCAUUUGCAAUGACUAUUUGACCCACAGUCAUCUCUGGGAGAGGUAUACCUGUAAAACACUUUCAGCUCUCAUCUUACGGCAUAAUCAUGUUUCUCUGGGGGAGACAAGUUUCUGGUUUGGCUUUUUCCUUAAGGAAGAUUCAGUUCCACGGUGACUAAAACGGCUGGAUACUAGCUGUCCUUUGACACACUUGCAUCCAAAAUAUUCAGAGCUGAAAGUGUUGUGUAAAAGCAGUCCUGUUGAGCUGUGUGCUUGAUGUUUACUGUUGGUGUUGAUGUCGCCUCCUUUUUCCAUCCCCAAGAAGAAGAACCAAUAAAGAGUCUGAUGGCUGUGGAAGCGAAACCUGCUGCUCUUCCAGGGAAGCAACUGGGGAAAGAGCACGGGCCCACUGAGCCUUCGGACCAGACAAAGGGCCUCUGUGAGGGUCAGUCGGAUUCUGGUUUGGAGGCCAAAGUGUGUCAUGAAGACAAAGUGCCAAGUGUGGCAUCCAGCAGGGAGAGUGUAACCGUUGUGGCGGAAACACCCCUGAAAGACACAUCCCCUUCCUCGGCUGAGGAAGCCACGAAGAUGGAAUUCCGUGUCCAGGAGGGCGCACGCCCUUUCGCAGCAGAACCGUUAGACACAAAGCAACAUGAAUCUGGAAAAGACAGUAAGACUGGUGAGCAACCUAAACAUGAUGCCUUAGUUCCACAGCCAGCAAAAACAGAGGCUAUAGAUAAAAAGGAUUCACAGAGCAAAGACAACGAAAAAAUGCCUUCACCUCUAUCAGAACAGAUUUUGGAAACUGAUUCACAAAAGAAGGUGGAAGCCAGUUUUGCAGAACCUGGUGCCAAGCCUCCUGCUUCUCAAGAACAAAAGGACUUGUCAUUUGAACUGCCUAAAGGGAGCAAAACAGAAGAAAGGACUGCAGAUGUGCCCUCACCAUCCACCCCAGCUAUGUCUAUGACGUUUAAAGACGAUCUUAAAGAUGUCCGAGAUUUUGCCAUCAGCCAUGGUGAAAGUUCUCUAUUGCUAUCAGAACUCCAGGCAGAAGCAGCCAAAAGUGAACUUCCCUCAGGCCCAUCUCCUACUGUGCCCCAGGAGCUUCCACUCAAAGACAGUUCCAAAACAAAACAAGAACCCACAGAGCAACUGUUUGCCAAAGAUCUCGCUAAAGACAGGACACUAGCUCUGCAAGAAGUCUCAGCAGUAACUAUAGAUGGCCUGAAAACACCAAGCACCCAGAAGAUCCCUGCAUGGGGAGAGGAAAAGGACAUGACCAAGGAUGAGAGUGAUGAGGAAGAAAGGUAUGACUUCUAUGAUAAAGGGGAGGCUCAAACAUUAGAUGGUGGUAAAUUGACCACAGAGCUUUCCCUAGACAAAGCAGACUUUCAAAAGGAUGGUGAAGGUAAAAAGUCACCUGAUAUUCUCACAGCAGAAAAAGAAAUGGACCAAAGUGGACUCCUAGCAACAGUAGACAUGAAAAAGGAGGUGCAGCCAAGCACACAGGUACCCCCAGCCAAGGUAGGCCAUGAACUGACCCUUGAGAAAACAGUAGAGCACCCUGAUACCACUCAGAUAACCAGAAUAACAGAGGGAGCCCCUGAGGCACCAAGUUUAACCACUGAAAAGACUCCUACUUUGGAAGCUUCUCAAGAGAAAGAUGUUAAAAUAGAUAAGACAAGUGUUUCAGCUCCUCAAGCAAAAGAAGAGGAGGAUCGAUCGGGAAUGUCGAAGUAUUUUGAAACCUCUGCUCUGAAGGAGGAAGCCUUCAAAGCAGACGCUCUGAAACAACGCAGUGAUUACUAUGAGCUAAGUGACACUAAAGAGAGUGUCUAUGAGCCUUAUCAGACAGAUCGUCUAAUACCUGAAGACAAAGAAGAAGAGGAGGAAGAAUUGCAGACAGAAUUGGAUCAGCAGAAGAGUGUGCCUGCUCAUGAAAUAGGGUACAGUACCCUGGCUCAGAGCUUUACACCAGACAAGUCAGAAGAACCAAGUUCCCCAACAGAAAGAAUGUUCACUAUUGACCCCAAAGUCUAUGGGGAUAAGAGAGAACUCCACAGUAAAAAUAAAGAUGACCUAACUCUGAGCAGGAGCUUGGGACUUGGGGGCAGAUCUGCAAUUGAGCAGAGAAGUAUGUCUAUUAACUUGCCCAUGUCCUGCCUGGAUUCAAUAGCUUUAGGAUUUAGCUUUGGUCGUGCACAUGAUCUUUCACCCCUCGCUUCAGAUAUUCUAACUAACACUAGUGGCAGUAUGGAUGAAGGUGAUGACUACUUGCCAGCAACCACACCAGCACUGGAGAAGGCCCCCUGCUUCCCUAUCGAUAGUAGAGAGGAAGAUGAGCAUGUUGAAGAAGAAAAAGCAAUGGCAGAAGAAAAAGUCCAGCCUGAGACCGUGGCCGAAUCACCUUUCCUGGCCAAAGAUUAUUACAAAAAUGGGGCUGUCCUGGCUCCUGACCUGCCCGAAAUGUUAGACUUAGCAGGGACAAGAUCUAGAUUAGCCUCCGUGAGUGCAGAUGCUGAGGUGGCACAGAAGAAAUCAGUUCCUUCUGACACUAUUGUGGAAGACAGCAGCACAGCCCUGCCUCCUGUGACAGAUGAAAACCACGUGACUCUCAAAGCUGAAAGUCAGCUAGAAGACUUGGGCUACUGUGUUUUCAAUAAGUACACAGUCCCACUGCCUUCUCCAGUUCAGGACAGUGAGAAUUUAACGAGUGAAACCUGCCCCUUUUAUGAAGGCACAGAUGAGAAACUGAGACGCGGCCUAGCUCCCGACCUGUCUUUGAUAGAAGUGAAGCUGGCAGCAGCUGAAAAAUCCAAAGAAUUCCUUAGUGAAAAAGACUUAGGUCAGCAUGCCACUGGUGAGCCUGUUCUGGCGAGGGACUUUGAGCAGGAGAAAAGAGAGAAACUGGAUACUGUGCUAGAAAAAAAUGAAGAUCAUCUUGACUCUAAAGAGGUCUAUCCCAUUAAAGGUGCAGAGCCAGAGAAGACAAGACCUGAGGCAAUCUUGGAAAUGAAAGAGGAAAGCGUGGCUGAUAAAGUUCAUGUAACUGAUGAUACCAUGUAUGACAGAAUAUCAGCUUUAGAGACAGCAGUAGAAAAAGAUGCUGUUUCUUUGUCAAUGGAGAAGGAAGAAAAGACUCUUAGUGUUGUUCCUGAGUUAGCUGAGGUAGAAGCUCCAAUUAAACCAGAUUACAAUGCUAUAAAGCAUGAUAUGGAAGUGGCUGCAAGGAGAGCUGACCAAGAAUAUCAGAGUCAGUUAGAAGCCAAGAUUAGCGAGGUUGUUUCUCUCCCUUCAGGGAAGGACAAAGCCUCUGUUAAAAGAGCAGAGCCUGAACCCAAAGAUACUCAACAGAAAGAUCAGGCCAUCUUGUCCAGAGAAGCAAAGGAUGCAGAUGUACUUCCCAAGAUCGAGCCUAGUUACAUGAAGGACAGCAUGAAAUUGUCAGAAACAGAAAUUAAAGAAAAAGUAACUAAGCCUGAUCUGGUACAUCAAGAGGCAGUUGAUAAAGAAGAAUCUUAUGAAUCGAGUGGAGAGCAUGACCAAGGCCAAGAAAGUUUGAAUGGAGAAUCCUUGAAACCAGAGGAUAUCAAAGCAGAACCUGCAAAACAUCCUGUGUCUGAUGAAGAGCUGCCUGCACAGUUACCAGCAAAGGAGCCUUCUAUGGAGCUCCUCCUUCCAAAAGCUGAGCCUCUCCAGGAAGAGCCUGCUGAGAUUCAGAUGGAGAGCAUACCACAGCCUGCAGAAGGAACUGAAAAGACUCCUGAUACAACUGUGAAACCUAUGGAAGUCCAAAAUCUGCUGCCAUGUGAAGUGACAGCUGGGGCCUCAAGAGCGGAAGAACAUGAGGAAGAAGAGGUAGAAGUAGGGCAAGAAGAAAACAAAGAGGAUAAACAGCAUCUCAUACCAGAAAUGCCUCCAGAAAUAGACUUUGGGAAACCUUCUGCUGAAGAAAUGCUAGCCAAGGGUAGCCCAGAAGCAUUGCCUGAACUGAAAGGCAUUAUCGAAUCAGUAGUGACAGUAGAGGAUGACUUCAUCACAGUGGUGCAGACAACAGUUGAUGAGGGUGAAUCUGCUUCUCAUAGCGUGCGUUUUGCUGCUACUCAGCAGGAAGACAUUGAAACAGGGGACUCCCAGGCUGAAGAGGAGCUGGAGGUUGAGGAAGUGGCUGACAUUCAAGUUGAGCCCAAGGAAGGCUCCCCAGAAGCUCCUGCUUCACCUCAGAGAGAAGAAAUCCUGCUCACUGACUACAAGACAGAGACGUGUGAUGAUUACAAAGAUGAAACAACAAUUGAUGACUCCGUCAUGGACACAGACAGUCUCUGGGCAGAUACUCAAGAUGAUGAUAGGAGCAUCAUGACUGAACAGUUAGAGACUGUUCCUAAAGAGGAGAAGGCAGAGAGAGAAUUGCGAAGAUCAUCUCUCGAUAAGCAUAAAAAAGAGAAACCUUUUAAAACUGGGAGAGGCAGGAUUUCUACUCCUGAAAGGAAAAUAGCUAAAAAGGAACCUAGCACACUCUCCAGAGAUGAAGUGAGAAGGAAAAAAGCAGUGUAUAAGAAAGCUGAACUUGCUAAAAAAACUGAAGUUCAGACCCACUCUCCUUCCAGGAAAAUCAUUUUAAAACCUGCUAUCAAAUAUACUAGACCAACUCAUCUCUCCUGUGUUAAACGGAAGCAGACAGCAGCAGGUGGUGAAACAAACCAGGCUCCUGGUGUAUUUAAACAAGCAAAGGAAAAACUCUCAGAUGGAGUAACCAAGAGUCCCGAAAAGCGUUCCUCUCUACCAAGACCCUCCUCUAUCCUUCCUCCUCGAAGAGGUGUAUCAGGAGACCGAGACAGAGAGGAGAAUUCUCUCUCCCUCACAGCUUCUCUCUCUUCAGUACGACGGACCACCCGAUCAGAGCCAAUUCGUAGCAGAACAGGAAAAAGCGGAACUUCAACUCCCACUACUCCAGGCUCCACUGCCAUCACUCCAGGGACACCACCAAGCUACGCCUCCCGUACCCCAGGCACUCCAGGGACACCCAGCUACUCCAGAACCCCACACACUCCUGGCACCCCCAAAUCUGCCAUACUGGUACCUACUGAGAAAAAAGUUGCCAUAAUUCGCACUCCUCCUAAAUCUCCAGCCACUCCAAAGCAGCUACGGGUUAUUAAUCAGCCUCUCCCUGACCUCAAGAACGUCAGGUCCAAAAUUGGAUCAACAGAUAAUAUCAAAUACCAGCCUAAAGGGGGGCAGGUUAGGAUUUUAAACAAGAAGAUCGAUUUUAGCGAUAUUCAAUCCCGCUGUGGUUCCAGAGAUAACAUCAAACAUUCUGCAGGGGGAGGAAAUGUACAGAUUGUAACCAAGAAGAUUGACUUGAGUCAUGUGACUUCCAAGUGUGGCUCGCUCAAGAAUAUCCACCACAAGCCAGGAGGCGGGCGUGUGAAAAUCGAGAGCGUGAAACUGGAUUUCAAAGAAAAAGCUCAGGCUAAAGUUGGUUCACUGGAAAAUGCCCACCACGUACCUGGCGGUGGUAACGUCAAGAUUGACAGCCAGAAGCUAAACUUCAGAGAGCACGCUAAAGCCCGUGUCGAUCACGGGGCUGAGAUCAUCACACAGUCACCGGGCAGGUCCAGCGUGGCUUCACCACGCAGACUCAGCAACGUCUCAUCCUCUGGAAGCAUCAACCUGCUUGAGUCGCCCCAGCUUGCUACCCUCGCUGAAGAUGUCACGGCAGCCCUUGCUAAGCAGGGCUUAUGAAUCUGCUCAUUUCGCAUUGUAUGAAGUAAUAAUAUCUAGGCAUGAGCUCUUGGCAGGAAUGGGCUCAGAGCAGGUGUUACAUUCAUUCUCUACCAUGUCUAAAACAAAGUCACAUCCCAAGACUUGUAGUUACCAUACAGUUAAAAAAAAAAAAACCAGAAAAAAAUAUAAUUAAAUAGAUGCAGAAAUUGGCCUGAUCUCCAUUUACAACAGGAAGACACUGGCUUUAUAUGGGUAAUACAACUGCAGUAUGUUACAUUGGACAAUUAUUGUUGCUCUGCUCUGUCUUGCAUGGAGUACCGUACUAUGAUAAAAUGCAUUUUUACCUUUCAUGUGCCUGAAGGCCAUCCACCUCUUUCUGAAGAGCCUUGUUAAUAUCCCAAGUUGCUCAUUUCACUGUUCUGUUGAUAGAUGGGGAAAUAAAAGAAAUUGCCCAUUGUAAGUUAUGACAGGUUAAACGAACAGUUUGCUUAGCAGAAGGAAGGGCAUAUAGAGAAAUUCAAGUUUAAUUAAAAAAGAAAAAAAAAAAGGUGUUAUUUUGUAUAAAUGAGUAGAACAAAAGUUGAAUUAAGUUAUUAACAUUUUUUGGGGACCUGGUUAAUUAUGUCAGUGUAUAGCUGAAAAGCCAAUAAAUUAUUUAACUAAUAACUAAAAGUAGUAGUUGAAAACAUUCAAACCAUGCUUGGGGAAGUGCCGUAAUAAAGCUGUCGAAAGCAGCACUUCCACCCCAACAGACUUGUGUCUGAUUAGAAAGUUGGUUAAGCGGCUAGAUUUGUGUAUGCACCACCGGUUUCACAUCCUUUCCAUCUGUUUGAUACAGUAUUAUAGAUAUAUAUAUAUAUUUCUCUGUGGCCAUUUGUGAUACGCCCUCCUCAUAUACUUGAAUAUUCUACUUCUUUAUUCACAGUAUCUGUGUCUCUUGCACCCUUUGGUGUUGCAAUUUUAGGUAUGUAAAAGUAGAUGUUAGCAGGGUUUUUUUUCCCUAUUCGUAAGAAUACAUUUAAAAAAAAAAAAAGAUGAAAAUUUUAGCAUGAAGUUGCUUUCUGUAACAACUAAAAGCCGUGACCCUGUUUUAGUGCCAGAUGCAAGUCUCUUCUGUGAUGCUAGAAAAAGGAUUCCUUCCCUCUUCCCUUCUCUCCCUUUCUUCACAAAGGUAUGAUUUUUGUGGGGUCCGGAUGUUUGUAAAAGGGUCUCCAAAGAUGGCUGAGUUUGGAUUCUGGAUUUUAAAAAAAUCCCCAAUUGUUUGGUUCUGGGUUUAUUUUCUUUCUGUUUGGGGUUUUUUUUCUUUUCUUUUCUUUCUUUUUUUUUUUUGGUUGGUUUAGUUUCGGUUUGGUUUUUUUUUAACUCCUGUAGUAACAGUGAAUGUUAGAUUUAUUUAUUUUUUUCUUUUGCUAAAGUUGAAACACAGAAAAAAAGUAUUAAUAUGGUUUUUUCCUCUCCUUUAGUGAUGUCUCAUACAACUCAGGCACUCAGAUAACAGUGAUAAACUUAACAGAGGUGCCUGUCAGUUGUAGUAUGUGGAUAAAUAAAAUGAGCCCCCUAGACUGGGUUGCCAUAGCGGUUCAGCAAUAAAUAGGGCAUCUUAAAACCUGAGCAAAGUGGGAUCACAUUGGCUAUAAAAAGUAUGAGGAAAAGUGUGCAUAAAAGAUGGAAGGCAGAGAUACAUAAACAACUGAUCCAACGGAGUUACCUGUGGGAACUCCAACACUAUCUUAUGGACACUAAAAGAACACUGGAGGUAAUAUGGUAGUAUUACACAUCAGCGGAUAAUCAUCUGCUGAUACUAUAUGUACAGUAGACAUACGGAAUGACCAGUUUACAUUCUUGCAGAUUGUUUGAUCUUUUCCUUUUGAAACCUCUUAACUAAACUUUGCACUGUCAGUUGAGCUAUACUCGAUACAUGUACUAGGUUAACAUUGUGUGUUGGAAGCUUUUGAUCUGUUCUUUCUCCUUCUUAAUUUGUAUGUGUGCGUGUGUGUGUUGGGCUUUGAUCUGAAAAGUCUCAUAGAGAUUUUUAUGUCUGUGGAGAAGGAUUCUAAUAAUUAAUAGCACAGGAUUCCCUGCCAUUAAAUUCAGGUAGUAAAUGCACAGUUACUAGACAGUAAACGUUCAGUGGACCAAAGGGGGAUUUUGGCUAAGCUGUCACAGCAGCACAAAGACAAAACAAAAUGGUUACGUCUCUAAAAAUUUUACUGAAGAUGAACUCCUAGCAGCCCCACACAUGACACUGCAGCUCUGCAAAAAGCUUUUUCACACUAUAAAGUACCUAAUACUGCUUGUAAGUCAGUUGUUUUAUACAAAGGACAGGGAGUUUAGAACCAUGCUAAGUGCAUCUGGAGGAUUCUGAUUUCUGCCUUGUAUAUGUUACACUUUUAGUUAGAGUAAUGCUAAGAAUUCCCAUGGAAACUGUGUCGAGGUACAUUAAAAGCCUCUUCCCAUUUUUCCUGGAAAAACAACAAAGAAAGAAAAAACAACAGCAUAUCAUGUUGCUCUGAUCAAACUGUCAAUUACUAUAAAUUAACUUUGAGCGGGGUUUUUUUUACACCUUUCACCAACAUGGGAGAGAAACUACGGUACUACUGAACCUCAGCUCCUCUGAAGCUGGACACUAGCUAGUGAGAACAGUGCUAACCAGAGAGUCAAGGCUUUCUAUUCUCCUUUAAAAUUGACAUAGUCUAGAAAAUAAAACUUAGUUAAUCCACCUAUGAGUCCAAAGUUAAGAGUGGUGUAACACACCAAGUCAUGUAUUUCGUGCAUUAAAAUGAGCUUUCUUGUCUUGAUUUAAGCAAAGACCUUUGUAAUCAUAAUCAUACUUCCAUAGAGAGAAUCCUAGAAUGCCGUGGAGUUAGAUGAAAAGAAAUCAAGAGUUUUGUGCUGUUAAAUAAAUAAAUAAAACCCCCAAGUUAUGUUACAUGACUCUAGAUGUUCACUGAAAAAGCUCAUACUAAUCUUCUCAAGAAGAGUGUUGGGUUUUAAAACAACAGUUUGUAAAUACGUAAUGCCCACUAAAGAAGAUAGAGCCAGCUUCCUGGAACCCGCAUCCGUUGUGUUUCUUUUCCACAGGCAUGUUGAGCCAGCAGGUAUGUUGGGUGCCUGAGACCCAACUCUGUAACAAAGCAGAGAUAAUCCAGAUAAAAGGAAUGGUGAAAUCUAGUUUGGAUAGCUAGGGGAGAGCCCCAAAUUAAUAAUCCAUCAAGUUGUAGAGACAAAAGUGCUUCUGCCCCAUCUGCAGAGUUCUGUUUCCAUGUAACCACAAGCAGAAAGAAAUCAAAGUUGAGCACAGCUCUGUCCAGCAACAGUAAAGGAAAAACUGAUACUGAUGAGGGACAUUGUAUGCCCAAAAGGGCCAUGUAUAUUUUCACUGUACAGCAGUAAAUGGUAUUAUCCAUUCAAUACUCUGCUAAGGUACAGUAGUAACCUCAUCGUGACUGCUUACAGAUCUAAGUUUGCCUAUAUGCACGACCCAAACGGAGUCGAAAGGCAGCCUGUGUGGACUACCACACGUGAGCAGAAGUUUUUUCCAUGCUGGACCAAAGACCAUUUGAAACCCAAGUACAAACAUCCCUUCAAAGGCAAACGCCUUGAAGAGUAGAUCAUGUUCGCUAUGAAAAUCAACGCAGGUAGAUUUCUAGCCUAGGUGUCUGUUGAGUUCACUGACUAGUGAGAUUGCUAAAGCAACUCCCUCUGCAACUCCAGCAAUUCCCACUGCAGAAAGGCAAAUUAGUUUCACACUUGGAAAAGUCAAGCGCAUAAAAGCCACUUCAACUUUAGCAAAGAGAAAAAGACAACAAGUAAUCAUGCUGUAUGCUGGGAUGUCAAGGAAUACAGUCUGCUGUUACAAACCUGUGUUUUUUCUGAUAAUUCUAGAGCCUGUUACCAUAAAAGAGGCAUUUCUUGAAUGGCUGGUGGUAGGUAGUUCAUGUUUUUCAAUCCGAUUUGCAAUUGUAUUUGUUGCUGUAUAGUGAUUGUUUUGCAAAAUAAAAUCGCUUGUCAUCUAAA